CGUGCACACCCUAAUUGGGCUUAUUGCCGCCUCAAUUGGUCUCCACAGCUUUUAAAACAUUAAAUACAGCGCAUACGCCCCAAUUGGUAAUUUUCUGUAUAGAACACUCAUGGCGAAAACGAAAAAAAUUGGAACCCAUUUUUGGUUUCGAAAAAAAAAGUUGAAUCGAUAAUAGGCAUAAAGUAAAUUCUUUGGAGUUGAAAAAAAAACAACUUUGAAAUUGGAAUGUCAAACAAUCUAUGUCAUUCAAAUUGUAUGUUGUGGUUUUGAUACAUUCUAUGCAUCCUAUCAUAAUACAAGGAGGGUCAGUGGCAGUGCCAAGCUGAUCCAAUCUGGCAGUGGCAGACUCUAAUCCAAAAUCCCUAGCAAACAAAACCACUUCCAAUUUUUAAUUCCACCCCCAAAAGAUUCCAACUUUUCCCCCCAUUUCCCCGCGAACUUUACUUCCAUCUUUUACCCCUUCUAUCGAAUCACGAUCAUCAAUCUAAUUCCCAUCUCCCGCUUCCCUUUCUCAAAUUCCUCUUCAGGAUUCAUUGAACGAUUUGGAUACUUAAAAACAGGUAAUCCGCUGAUGAGAAAAUGAACCGCUGAGACAUCUGUUCUCUUUUUUGACAGUGGCCAGGUGCUGUUUUUUCUUCAACUUUAAGGAUUUUUUCUUUCCUUUUUGGCGGGCUUUUGCCUCUGAUAUUUUUGGUUCUGAGCAAGUCAUGUCCUGGAUAAGGAUGUGGUGGUGGAUUGAUGUUUGAGGUAUCUGCUUCACUGGGGUCGAGAUUUUUAUGCAAGUUGUGGUGGUUUUGAUUUCUUUCAAAGGCACAGUUUGCUCUUCAGAAAGCGAUGUUGUUUUUCUUUUUUCUACUACCCAUUUGGUUCCAGCUAUUUAAUAUUUAUAGCCCCAAUUUCGACAACUUUCAGCCAAUUCAGUUCUUUGAUCAAUUUGAGGCUGAUGGGUUCUCUUCAUUAUAUAAAAGUCUGCUGAUUUCUUAUCUUGCUCAGCAAAUUGAGUCUUUUCCCAUUAUUUCCCCAGCUGGAUAAACGAUUUCUCAACGUUCUGUAAUUUGGUACUGAUCUUCUGCUGGAUUGUAAAGAGAGAGAAAUGUUGGAUGAGAAAGAGAAGAAGUUCCUCACAGUAGCACAAUUCCAGUGUGCUUGGAGGAAAGACUUGAAAUUUCGGGAAGCCGGAAGAGGUUGUGUAGCAUUCGACGCAUUUGCUCACAACGACGUCACAGUUGUCUUCAGAGAGAAUGUCGGCACUCUCCACUACCAUUACAAGAGGGACAACAGCCUUCAUUACACCGUGAUCCUUGGCAGCAAUAGAAAUCGAAGAUUGAAGCAGACGGGAAGACGGAGGUCAAUGUGGAAGGUAUUGGACUAUGUUCCUCUACUUUCCAGAGUUACUGGAUCAGCAUUUACGACUGGUUGAUCAGCGUUGGAAAGGGAAGGUACCCGUUCCAGAAUCUCAUGUUUUAGUGGCUGCAUUCUAAUCCGAAUUGUAGCGUUCGAUAUGUCGGGCUCAGUAGCUGGGAUAGGCAUGUGGGUUAUAGGAAUGUGAAUGUUUUGUCAGUGCCUCAUGACCAUAUGUUUCUGUGGAAGCAAGUUGAUUCGGGGGAGUUUGAAGGGAAGGAAGACAGUGAAUAGGAGUUGGAAGGUGAGGAAGUCACAGAUGAGGAAUGGGGGCUUCCCAAUUUCCUGGAAAGCUGGGAACUUUCUAAUGUCUUCUUCAUUGUUGGCAUGGAGGAGACACAUGUCCUAGCUCAUAAAGUCAUUCUGCAAGGUUCUGGUAAUUUCCCUUUCAGCAAAUCAGACGAGGAUGUUAUCCAGCUCCAGAGUGUAUCAUAUCCAGUUUUACAGUCCCUUCUCCAGUACAUUUACACUGGCCGAACCCAGAUUUUGGAAUCACAUAUUGAGCUGCUGAUGGCGUUGAGCUUGAAAUUUGAGGUGAUGCCCUUGGCAAAGCAGUGUGAAGAAAAUUUGGAAAGGUGUAAACUCAAUAAAAAGUUGUUCGGAUAUGGUAAGAGUGUGGCAUUGUUGUAUCCAUACUCUCGACCCCAUUCUUGUACGAUGUUUCCUGCUAGACUCCUUGUGAAUCAGAAACGGCUUAGUGAAUUGCAUUCAGCUGGGAAGUAUAGUGAUCUAAAUAUAUAUAUCGAGGGAUAUGGUCUUGUUGCACAGUCUCAUAAGAUAAUUGUCAACUUGUGGUGUGUUCCAUUUGCCAAGAUGUUCACAAAUGGAAUGAGCGAGAGCAUCUCAUCAAGAGUUCAUCUAAGAGACGUGCUGUUGGAGGCGUUCAAGAUUAUGCUAGAAUUCAUGUAUAGUGGAGAUCUCAAUUUGGAGGACACUGCAGAUUCUGGAACCUUGCUACUCCAACUUCUUUUGUUGGCUGGCCAAUUCAGAGUCAUUAUUCUCUAUCAGGAAUGCUGCAAAACACUUUUAGAAUGUCUAUCAGAGGAUGCUGUGUGUCCAAUCCUGCAAGUUGUUUCAUCGAUUUCAUCCUGUAAACUCAUUGAAGAGACCUGCAAGAGAAAGUUCACAAUGCAAUUCGAUUAUUGUACAACAACAAACCUUGACUUCAUUUUGUUAGAUGAGGCAACAUUUAGCAACAUCAUUCAGCAUCAAGAUCUAACAGUAACAUCAGAGGAGAGAGUUGUCAACGCGAUUCUGAUGUGGUGCUUGCAAGCCAAGGAACUAUGUGUGUGGGAAGCAGUGGAUGAACUAGUUGCUAUCAAAACCCUUGAGCUACUUUUUGGUGAGCGGCUUCAGUCUCUGAAUGAACUGUUGCCAUUUGUCCGGUUUCCAUUGCUCACGCACAACUUACUUAAAAGGUUGGAUCAGAGCAACCUCUGCAAGCAGAUUGACAUUUUUCAUGAUCUUGUGAGGGAGGCAGUCACCUAUCUGGAUUUCGGACUGACUAACAACUAUGGAGGAAAUGACAUGAACCUACGGUUUCAACAUAGGAGAUCCAGUUACAAGGAGCUGCAGUACAUUUGUGAUGGAGACAGCAAUGGAGUUCUGUACUUAGCUGGAACUUCUUAUGGGCAACAUCAGUGGGUUAAUCCUGUUCUAUCAAAGAGAAUCGACAUAACAGCAAGCUGCCCAACUUCAAGAUAUACAGACCCUGAAGCUUUGGCAUCAAGGACCUAUCAGGGAAUGUGAUUUGCUGGACCGAGAAUGGAAGAUGGACGAGUACGCUCGUGGUGGAUGGUUGACAUUGGCCAUGAUCAUCACGUAUUAUAUGAUCGUCUCGUGCCUUGUUUGCUAGAACUAAUAGCUCGCCGUUGCCUACUCCAUAAGGCAAGCAUAAAAUUCGGAUUCGUGUUAUGCAGCUUAUGUGCAACUACUAAACGUUGAGGCUAGACGGCUCAAGAGCAUACACAAGGUCUUGGAGAUUCCAGGUAAAGAGUUUGGUAUCUAACUUGGGCUUGAAACCAUUCGUUCCUAUUUUCCCCGGACUUGAACUGAAACCGUGGCUCAUUGGAUCACAGGGCUCGUUGGAUGCUAAGACAUGGACAGACUUAAGAACACACAACGAUGACCAAUCAAUGGGCAAACCAGGCCAGUUUGAGUCAUGGCAGAUCACCGGGCCAGAUGCACUGCUGCCCUUCAGAUUCUUUAGGGUAAUGUUAACUGGUCCGACGACUGAUGUAUCGAAUCCCUGGAACCUAUGCAUUUGCUUCUUGGAACUCUUCUUCUUCUUAUUAUUAUUAUUAUGCUAUAUGUUUUUUGUUGAGAGAAAGAAGCCAUUGUGCACACCAUAAGAAGAAAAGUGUACCAAUGCAUAUGUGGGGAGGGUUGGUGGUGGUCCUUUUCCUUCGUUCAAAUAAAAAAAAAAUCUUCAUUUCUGGGACAACGAUAAAAAAUCGUGUAGAGA